GCAAGAGUAAUGCGGUUUUUUUCGUCGUGUCUCAUAUCCCACACACCGUAUUCGAAAAAUGAUGACCUAGCAGCAAUUGUCGUGGAAACAUGGGUGCGAACGCGCCGGACGAGUCCGUGACUUGUCGGGCAUCUUGCUUGGUAAAGCCAAGAGCCGAGAAUCAAGCUUCGCUGCUUCCGCACCUCGCGUAGCCGUUUGUUCCUCCUUCGCUCCGUCGAGCCCGAGCCCGCGAUCACGUUCACGCCGCUCUAACCAACUGACAACGCGCGCGUUGAUAGCCGUCAACGACACGACAACGAGAACGCGGUCGUUUACGGUCGUUACGCCGUGCACCAGGAAAAUGAGCAGUUCCGAGGAAGUGUCCUGGAUUUCGUGGUUUUGCGGUUUGCGCGGGAAUGAGUUCUUUUGCGAGGUGGAUGAAGAUUAUAUUCAGGACAAAUUUAAUUUAACGGGACUGAAUGAACAAGUACCACAUUAUCGUCAAGCAUUGGAUAUGAUUCUCGAUCUUGAACCUGAUGAUGAUUUGGAUGAUAACCCGAAUCAAUCAGAUUUGGUCGAGCAAGCAGCAGAGAUGCUCUAUGGUCUUAUUCACGCUCGCUACAUACUUACCAAUCGUGGCAUCGCUCAGAUGAUUGAAAAAUAUCAAGCGGGUGAUUUCGGUCAUUGCCCGCGAGUUUACUGUGAAUCCCAACCAAUGUUGCCGUUAGGCCUUAGCGAUGUUCCUGGCGAGGCAAUGGUCAAAAGCUAUUGUCCCAAAUGCAUGGAUGUUUACACGCCCAAGAGUUCGAGACAUCAUCAUACCGAUGGAGCUUACUUUGGAACAGGAUUUCCACACAUGCUGUUUAUGGUUCAUCCCGAAUAUAGACCGAAACGUGCAGCAAAUCAAUUUGUACCUAGAUUAUACGGCUUUAAAAUUCAUCCUCUAGCAUAUCAGAUCCAGCAACAGUCUGCGUCCACGUUCAAAGCACCAUUACGGGCUCUUAACUACAAUAAUGGAAAACGUUAAGGUCAUUUUGGAAUAGCCUAGAAUACUUUUUUUUUCAUUACUCACAAUUUUUAAUUUCGUCCUGAAGAUUCAAAUAAAAUAUUUUUUAUAUCUCUGUUUCUCCCAUGCAAUAUGUUUCUACGCAAAAAGGACAUUUUUUUACGAAACCGUUCUUUUCAAUCGACACAUUGUCUCGUCGCUCUUAUGUUUUCUUACGAGUACGUUUCUUACGAUCAUGUGAAGAGAGAGAGACAGGAAGAAAAAUAGAGAAAGAAAAAAUUUAGAUUUGUUGUGUAUCAUUAUCAUAUAAUUUAAAUUGUAGCAACAUUAUUGUUUUCACAAUCGUUUAUGUAAAGAACCAAUAUGUUUUUGUAUAGAAAUUUUGAACAUUCUUCACAUUAAAGGAUAAAGAGAAAAGAAUAAGAAGAACGUAUAGAAUAAUUAAUUGCGUUAGAUCGUAAAUAAAGAACUAAAUGAUUAUAAAGUAGAAACAUCCGUUUUGUACAAGAGUUUGCAUCACCAUAUUUGCUGCCAAGUAGUUCCUAAAAAUGUGCAGGAACAGACUUCCUAAAAAAAGAGAAGAGAGUAGAGAGAAAAUACCGGGUUUCACAUUGGUUCUUUUCGAAACGAGAAGUAAUGUAUAAAUGAAAAUAUAGCUAUUAAGUUAAUUUAAUUUAAUCGCCGAGUAAAUUUGUGCAACAAAUUGUGACAGAAACAAUUUAUUGAUGUAUGAAAUUUCAUAUAGAUAAUAUAUAUAUAUAUUAUUUACUUGGAUGCUAAAAAAUUAUUGAACUCAGAACACAAUAAUUUCAACGAAAUUAUUGUUCGACGAAUCGUACAGCGUUUUGCGAAAAACAAAAAAGACGAUUAUCUUAGUUUCUAUCACAGUUUUCAAAAUGUCCUUAUUGAUAUUUAGCAUUAAUGGGACGAAAAUUUUAUGCGAUUAUAAAAUAAAAAUUUGUGUACAAUUUUUAACGUAGAGCAACAAAGCUGCUAGUAACAUUUUCUUGUAUCUCGUUAUAAUUGUUCGCAAAGUAAAGUUUUGAGUCAAAUGGAGUUUGUAUCCAAAUUGAUUGAUUCGUACUAGGAAAACUGUUGUAUUUUCACUUCAAAUUAAAGUACGACUUAUUUACA